GGUAAAUAGGACUAGAGCCAUGCAGAGUGUUGGAGCUCUGUUGACCUGAUAUCAAUUCAAAGUUAGUUAUUUACAGCAGUAAAAUUAUUUACAGCAGUGCAACAUAAAGCAAAGCAUAGAUCAUCAGGGAGGACGUCUCGCAUUCAAGUAUAUGGCAAAGUGUCGAUGUUCCUGGGUUGUCCUUAUGGUUCCCCACCCCACGUAAAUUUGAGAGAAAAAUUAUUGGAGUGACACAAGCACCCUCAUCUUUUUAUUGAGACAGUUGUUCCUUUAAGUCUUUUUAUGUGUAUCGUAAUAAUUAAUUUAAAACCAAUACACCAAAUCUCAAUUGCUAAUUACCAAUCAAAAAAAUCUGGUAUUUCAGUCAAAUUGUAUGUGCAAUGAUCUGACAAAUCUACUAGUUGGUUGCAUUACAUGAUCUCAUUUGAGCUGUAGAGAUCAACAUGCCUGCUUAAGAUGACAAGAGCUGACGCAGUUACAAACAAGCCCAUACUUCUGAGGACGUUCGAUAUGCCACUGUUACCUGGCUUAAAACACAUUACAAGUUAAUAUACAAUAUUUUGGAUCAUACUACUGCGUCUUAUGAACAGUCUGUUGGAUACAAACGCUUGAGCUCCAGACUGUUUUAGUGCAGCAGGUCAUCAGAUGAAGGGUCAGGUCACGCACGCACGCACGCACGCACGCACGCACGCACACACACACACACACACACACACUAUGGACCUGUGCUGCUGUAUCUGUCAUUCAGAAAACCCCUCACACGCACUGCGUCACUAACCACACACCCCAAUCUUUACCACAUAUUAAAAGGCCUUUCCACUGCCUGCGAAGCUGAGCACACCCCCGCCUGUCACCAUCUUAACUCUCACGACUCGUGUAAACAAGUCACUUUUCACAACAGUUAGUAACGACAAGAAAUACUUGAUUCCUUAAACUUUAAACACGGCGAGAGGAUCAAUGAUUUCAUUCUCUUUUAAAUGUUCUGUUUCUCCAAAAUGAAAACCAGUGGCACUUUGUAUUUGUCUUUUACAAUAACUGGGAUGUCUUCAAACUGUCAGUUAUGUGUCUAUUUUACUGUUGCUGCUUCAUAAAGGUCACAUUUGCACAUAUUCUGAUUUAAAAAAGGGUUAAAGCCCUGCAAGUUUAGGUAUAAAUGUGUUAACAUGAUGGAUAUAUUAAUAAAUGUUUGAUGCAUGAAGACAAAAUAAGCUAUUGUUCCAGUUCAGUCUUACAGCUCUGUCACCUAUAUACCACUUAACGGACAGAAGACAUUUUAUUAAACCCACACCUGAUAAGUCGUAUUCAUAUCGGCAGUGAAAUCAUCCUUAAUCAUCUUAAAUGUAUUUCAGUUAGAUCAGAUUAAAAGUAACGAUGGAACCACCGGCCAUGUAGUGACAGGAAACAACGUGGCUUGGCUCAGCAAUGCAUUUCUGAUCUGUGAAUAAGAGGACGAAUCCAACGCCGGUCCUGCACAGAGCUGGAGUCGUCUGUGUCUCUCCGUCUGUUUGUGCAUGUCUUUGUGUGUGUGUGUGUGUGUGUGUGUGUGUGUGUGUGUGUGUGUGUGUGUGUGUGUGCGUACUAGACGAGCCAUGGCAACCAGAGCAUGUAGGAGUUCAACUCGAAUAACAUCCGAGACGCACGGAGGCCUGAAUAAAUGGCGUCGAGACCAGAACCAGGCCCGUGAAAAAAAAAUUCAAUAAAUGUCAUAGAUCCGUCAACUUCUAUCAAGCGUGUCAGUAAAUAACACUUUUCUAAAUGGAAGAUUAACUUUAUGGAAGGGAGCGGGGGUCACUUCACUGGGAUGAUGAGCGACUCUCGGCCAUGCACAAGCAGGAAGUGCCGGUCUGCGUUGCGGCGCCAGCACAACUGCAGAUACAGUAUAGGCAUCGUGGAGUUCACCUUAUGACUUUGCCAGUGGUGCUGUGCAGAGGAUCCGGCGGUGACGAGGGACCCCUGAACCUGCGGCGACGAAGUUGGGUGAAGCUGGAUGUUGCAUUUCUCUUUAUCCCUAUACUGUAUAUCCUUGUUCAGCUUGACUGCACUCUGUCCUCAGGUCAGCUGCAGCACUAAACCCCCCUGUCCUCAAAAUUACUCAUUAUGAAACUGUGUGGAAAGGUUUUUGUUUUUUUAAAGCACAUACAACCAGUGUAUUUUACGUCUCCCUCUCUCCCUUUUUCUCUCUCUCACAGAAACACACAAACCUUCAUGCCACUUCCGCCAUAAAAGCCCUGGCAGUGAUCCACAUGCCCAUUAGCACGCGCUUAAUAACCGUUAACAAUGUAUUACCCAGACUCCCCUGCUCCCCACCCUUCCCCGCCGUCCCCUUCAAAGCGCACACAGGCCGGUGAACAUAGGACACCAUCAGUCUGCACCAUAUUUAUUUUGGUUACGCACAUGAAAGAUUGGCACAUAACACAUUUUGAGGUGAUUCUCGUGUGAAACACGAACACGCUGUAAGAAACGCUCAUCUCCAGGACGGGGGGCCAAUGAGUGGCCACCGUGCAGGACACACUAACGCGAAGCAUGUCGGGCCGGUGUGUGAAAAUGCGCGCAAUGCCACAGAGAGAUGCCCUCCGUGCUCUGUCCAGCGCCCGAAGACAUGAUUCAUUCUCUAGCACCAAUUUUACCACAUAAGGCGGCACGAGCGGGCCCCACAGCGGGCGGGACCAGGGGAAGAGUUCCGGGGGGCUGUGACCACUUGCUAUUGGUCGCUGCGCGCCGUGAUGGACAGGGCCCCUCUGCUCCGGGCGCUCCUCUAAGUUCCUAGUAGUUGGCACUCUGCAAAAAGUCCGCACGGCGCUCACGGAUAGGGAGACACUGCUACAUCUGCUCCCGGAUCCCUCCGCUGCCUCUGCUGUCCCGGCCAGAGGACAGAGAACCCGACACGCCCCGAGGCACCAGGCUGUCACCGUGGAUCCUCUCGUUUUGAGACUGCGCGUGUUUUGAACUUUUACUCGCUCCCUGCCAAGAAAAGAGUCUUGACGCCGUCUCCUGCCUCCACGAGAGACCGCGAGAGACAUGGCAGAGAAGCGGCGGUCCCCGUGCGCGCUGAGCGUCAAGGCUCACGCCUUCUCGGUGGAGGCGCUGAUCGGGGCGGAGAAGAGACGCCGGACGGACGCGGACGACGACGUCGUGUCCCCCGGCUACGAGGACGGAACCGAUGCCUCCGAACCGACCGGGAGCCCGGUGCCGCUGGCUGACCGAGCGGGCACCCGCGACCAGGGCAGCGAGGCCGAGUGCGCCAGUGACGGAUCCCCGGAGAGCGAGGACGCGCUGCUGGAGAGCCCGCAGCCCGCAGCAGCUGUGUGCGCGGCGCCGGUGACCGGCACCGGAGACGAGGCGCGCGUGGACCUGCAGGGGUCGGACCUGUGGAAACGGUUCCACGAGAUUGGCACGGAGAUGAUCAUCACCAAGGCCGGACGGCGGAUGUUCCCCGCAAUGCGUGUGAAGAUCACGGGCCUGGACCCGCACCAGCAGUACUACAUCGCCAUGGACAUAAUCCCCGUUGACAACAAGCGAUACAGGUACGUGUACCACAGCUCCAAGUGGAUGGUAGCGGGGAAUGCGGACUCCCCAGUGCCGCCCAGGGUGUACAUCCACCCGGACUCCCCGGCCUCCGGAGAGACGUGGAUGCGUCAGGUGGUCAGCUUCGACAAACUGAAACUGACCAACAACGAGCUCGAUGACCAGGGACACAUCAUCCUGCACUCCAUGCACAAGUACCAGCCGCGGGUGCACGUGAUCCGCAAAGAGUGUGGAGAGGAGUUGUCCCCAGUGAGGGCCGUCCCUGCUGGGGAAGGCACUCGCACCUUCUCCUUCCCCGAGACCGUGUUCACCACCGUCACGGCAUAUCAGAAUCAACAGAUUACAAGGCUGAAAAUUGACAGAAACCCCUUUGCCAAAGGCUUCAGGGACUCUGGCAGAAACCGGAUGGGUCUGGAGGCUUUGGUUGAGUCUUACGCAUUCUGGCGUCCGUCUCUGCGAACACUCACAUUUGAAGACAUCCCUGGCAUGGCCAAGCAAGGAGUCCCAGGAGCUCAUGGAGGGGUCGGAUCGUCACCACACUUGCUCUCCACGUCCCCAUGCUCCUCACCUUUCCAGGUUUGCCCUCUCAGCCCACCUGAAUACACAUGCAGUCGACCUACACACCCCCUCCAUCGAUUCAGCAACCAUCCAGAGCCAUUCCCCCCUUCCAGAGGUCCAUCGGCGUAUGAAGGGGAAGGAUUCUGUUCCCUGCCUCUCCAGGCUUCUCAACUUGGCUAUCUAUCCAACCCCACCCCGCAGGGUUACGCCGGUCUUCGCCUCCACACACCACCCUACAGCCUGUACGGUUACACAUUCCCUCCCUCACCACGCCUCGCCGCCUGCCCUGAUAAAAUGGCGGCCGUUGCCACUGCCAAUCAUCAGAGUCCCUUCCUCGGCUCGUCUCCGAGUGGGACUCUAACGGACAGUCUGGGGGUGCUCGGUGGAGGACAGCAAGGCUUUUUGUUUGACUCUCGGACUUUAGGACUGGCAGGUACCCAACCGGGAGGUGGCGCCUCACAGGUCACUGCCCACAUGGGCUGAAUUUGAUUCUGGGCGUCUAGGGUUGUCAAAACAAAAUGACACCCUGGAAUGGGUGUAAGUAGCUUUUGGUUCAGACAGUUCCACAGAUGAAUCAUCCAUGUGCUGAACAGGCAUCGAGCCGAACUGUGGACAAAGUGGAGAGUGACAGAUCAAGCCAUUGCUUCUGUGAGCACAUGAGCUUGUUGAAGCUCCUUUAACUGGAGGGAAUAUUUCUUAUCUUUCAAGCAUGUUUUUUUUUAUGACAUGCAUGUGCAGCUGCAGUGUUCACUAGAGGAAGAAAUGUCCUGCGGCUUCGAUUAAGGAGUCCAAGCAAUGCAACCCAGCAACUGAACUGGAACUGAAUAUGGAUUGGGCAGACAAAGGGCUGGCCCAGGCACUCGCAGCAAGCACUUCAACCCCUGGCAGGAGGCCCUGAAGCAGUAACUACAGUAUUUUACUCACACAGCAUUCUGCGUGGCCUCUAUGAUCUUGCCAACUUCGAAUGGAGUUACUGAACACUACUUUUAAACUUUCUUUUGAAAGGGAUCCAUUGACUCAAUUAUUUUAUUCAAUGAGAUUCUCUCAUUAAAUGCCUACCCCUGUCCUUGAUCAAGUCUUUGGAUUAAAAAAUAUGCAGCUAAAACCCACUUAGUAAGAUGCAAUACAGUCAGGGCCUUUUCACCACUCCGACUGAAACCUACAAAAACACUUUUACACACAACACCAGGGACGCAUCACAUAUUAAUAUGAUAACAUUAUUGCCAUAAGAAUCCAAGGAAGAUCCCUGUGACAGUUAUGGACUGACGAGGUCAAAGCAGUGUGAGAGAGCAAUGGAUGACGGACUGAUCUGUAAAUUCUGUGUCAGGUUUGACAGAUGAUGCAGCUGUUUGGAUGUCAGGCUGAAGAGCGUCCUUAUGUGACAUAGAUGUAAUGCCACAUGAUGGCUCUGUAGAUAG